AUGGCCCUUCUUCGUGAAUUGUUCGAUGCCGGUGUGGAAAAGCUGAAAAUCGAUCACAGAGACUUUAAGCUUCCCAGCAGCACAACGAUCGAGCUGAGCAUCGUGAGCAGCGCGUACCACAUCGAGCUCAACCCCUCCGAUGCGGGCUACCACGACAGGCUCGUAGUGCAGGAGGUGAUCAAGGAGAUUGCGCAGAGCCCUCCGCUUGAUACCACUAACAAACCACCCUUUAAGGUGGUGGUGCUGAAUGAGGUUGAGCGAUUAUCCAAGGAGGCCCAGCACGCCCUGCGCCGAACAAUGGAGAAGUACAUGUCGGUGUGCCGCCUCAUCCUCUGCUGCAACUCCACGUCCAAGGUAAUUGAUCCUGUUCGCUCGCGAUGCUUGAUGAUCCGAGUUGCCGCUCCCUCGCUCGACGAGGUCACCAAAUCCUUGCAAGCGAUCAGCAAGAAGGAGGGCAUCACCCUGCCUCCCGAGCUGGCCCGAUCGAUUGCCGUGCAGUCCGACAGGAAUUUGCGUAAGGCCAUCCUGAUGCUCCAGGCCACCCACACAGCGAAGUACCCCUUUGAGAAAGGACAGCGAGUCGAGAUGACGGACUGGGAGGAGUUCAUCGUCCGUCUGGCCCAGUUCAUCAUUGACGAGCAGAGCCCCAAGAGGUUGAUGGACGUUCGCAACCAGCUGUACGAACUUCUCAGCCACUGCAUCCCCCCAGAGGUCAUCAUCAAGAAACUUGCACUGGAGCUCCUGAAGAAGCUGGACACCUCCGUCAAGUAUGAGGUCAUUCGUUGGGCCGCCUUCUACGAGCACCGCAUGCAAAUGGGCAGCAAGGCCAUCUUCCACCUCGAGGCGUUCGUGGCCAAGUUCAUGUCCAUCUACAAACGGUUUUUGAUCAGCAGCAUGAUCGGGUUCGAGUGA